GGGAGCAGGUAAGGCCUUGGGACCUAGAGCCCUCUGUGCGCCGCGCACGCGCGCGGGACACCUCACCUUGCGCGGAUGCCUUGAGGCGCUUACCUUGCGUGCUCCCACCCUGGUCCUCUCGCCCUUUCUUGCUCCCGCUAUCCCUUAGCCUUAGAGCUGGCUCUUCCGCGUGCCGGUGACCUCCAACCGCGCGGGCCUGGCGCCAUCUUGGAUGUCUCGUAGGGGGAGGAUACCUUGGAGCUGGCCAAAGUUAGAUCCUGGAGUGCUGCUUUUCACCUGUUCCACCUAGUCCUUGCAGACACGCUUUUCUCGCCCUCUGGCCCUUUCAGAUUGUGACAACCCCCAGGCUCUCCCCUCCUAUCUCUGCUUUCUCUUCUCAUCCUGACUUGUGCCUUCUUUAUUCUGAAAUCUCCAGACUUUAGGCCCCAGGACCUCAGGUGCUCCGAGCAAUGGAGAUAGUGGAUCGUCUAAAGUCACCAAUCCCUCUAGUCAGCACCCCUCAAUUUAAAAAGUAAACCUUGAACAUGGUAGAAGUGGGAAAAAAAAGCCAAAACAUCGCCUCCCGUUAGGUUGUGGCUUGGGAUAGCUAAGGCAGAAGAGAGAGGCUGGUUGCUUUGGAAUCACUAGUUAUUUACCAGUACCUUUCUCGCAUCCCGGCACGCUGGUGAAGUUGGAAAAGUCACAAAUGGUGGGCUAGAGAUGAGGGUUUCUGUUGAGGCAGCAGGCCCAGAAAGGUGGGGUAAGGCCAAGCUAGUGGGGCCAGCAUGAGACCCUGCCUGCCAGCUUUCCUGUGAAGGAUUAAUUAACCUCCCCAGAUUCUGCUGUUACAAGGAAAAGAAGGUUUAAGGAAAGGAAUAGUUAAGUUACUACCCCUGUGACUCAUCUACACUGAGGAAAAAGCCCGUGAUGAUUUUGGAGUCCUGAUUCUGGAUAGUGCCUUUGCCCAAGUUGUAGGCUAACAAUUGCAGAGUUGCCAUGGUUAGAUAGCCAAUGGUGGGAUCACUUAAUUGCCACCCCUUGUUGUGGGUUUAUUAUAUGCCAGCACCACAUUAAACUCUUUAUGUAUGUUAAUUUGUAAAUGAACAUACUUAAUCCCCCUAAGAGCUGCAUUUUACAAAGAUGAUAAUAAGGUGUAAUUCCCUUAGAAAAAAACCACCCCUUCUUUUUCUAAAAGCCUUAAAGAACUAUUGGAUUUUGACCCAAGAAAACCUGAAUAGUACGGCAGCAAAAUUGGGUUAGAGUUACAUAUAGGCAAAAAUCAGAGUUCUAGAUAGGACAAGAGUUGAAGACAUCCAUUAACUUAAAAGUAAUUAAGGCUGGGUGUGGUGGCUCACACCUGUAAUCCCAACACUGGGAGGCCAAGGUGGGAAGAUCUUUUGAUGCCAGGAGUUCCACAAUAGCCUGGGCAAAAAAUAAAUUAAGAGCAAUUAAGAUCUUGGAUUCAGAAGUGUUUUAACCUGGGACAAUCUGAGUUCAGUUCAUUUAAUGAAGUGGCAUUUAAUAGCCCUAAGCAUUCACUGAGUAUUUCAGCCUGUGACAUAUUAGAAAGCAUGUAACUUAAAAGAUCCAAGUUCAAGUCUAUCCUCUACCACUACCACAGUUUCAAGACUGGGUUUAGGGUCACGCUCUUGCGUUAAGUAUAUCUAAUAAUCAUCUGGGAAACUUGUUUGAAAUACAGGGCACUUGAGCCUUAUUCCCAGAGAUCUUUUUUGUUUGUUUAUAGACAGGGUUUCACGUUGUUGCCCAUACUGGAGUACAGUGGCGUGAUCAUAGCUCACUGAAGCCUCCAGCUCCUGGGUUCAAGCAGUCCUCCUGCCUCAGCUUCUGGAGUAGCUGGGACUACAGGUGCACUUCCACCUCACCUGGCUAAUUUUAUGUUUUGUAGAGAUGAGGUCUUGAUGUUUGCCCAGGCUGGUCUCAAACUCCUGGCUUCAAGUUAUCUUUCUGCCCCAGCUUCUCAGUGUUGGGAUUACAGGAGUGAGCCACUGAACCUAGCUCCCCCAGAGAUCUUGACCAGGAAGGUCCAAGUUGCGCCCAAGAAUAUGCAUUUUUUAAUACGUACACCACCCAGAUAAUUCUGGUUCAGAUGGGCUUCUCACUUCACUUGGAGAAACCCUGCCUUUAGGUUUUUAACUCACCUUCUGUUUCAGAGUUUCCCUCUUGUUGCCCAGGCUGGAGUACAAUGGCGCAAUCUUGGCUCACCGCAGCCUCUGCCUCCCAGAUUCAAGCAAUUCUCCUGCCUCAGCCUCCUGAGUAGCCGGGAUUACAGCUCUCCUGCCACAGCUCCUCACCCCCUGAAAAUGUUCGCCUGCUCCAAGUUCGUCUCCACUCCCUCCUUGGUCAAGAGCACCUCACAGCUGCUGAGCCGUCCGCUAUCUGCAGUGGUGCUGAAACGACCGGAGAUACUGACAGAUGAGAGCCUCAGCAGCUUGGCAGUCUCAUGUCCCCUUACCUCACUUGUCUCUAGCCGCAGCUUCCAAACCAGCGCCAUUUCAAGGGACAUCGACACAGCAGCCAAGUUCAUUGGAGCUGGGGCUGCCACAGUUGGGGUGGCUGGUUCUGGGGCUGGGAUUGGAACUGUGUUUGGGAGCCUCAUCAUUGGUUAUGCCAGGAACCCUUCUCUGAAGCAACAGCUCUUCUCCUACGCCAUUCUGGGCUUUGCCCUCUCGGAAGCCAUGGGGCUCUUUUGUCUGAUGGUAGCCUUUCUCAUCCUCUUCGCCAUGUGAAGGAGCCGUCUCCACCUCCCAUAGUUCUCCCGCGUCUGGUUGGCCCUGUGUGUUCCUUUUCCUAUACCUCCCCAGGCAGCCUGGGGAACGUGGUUGGCUCAGGGUUUGACAGAGAAAAGACAAAUAAAUACUGUAUUAAUAAGA